UAUGUUGCAGAGAUACCAUCAUUCUGUGAAUCUGUCACAAUCUUCUGAUGUGGCGGGUGAUGGACCCCAAAAUCCACCAUUUCAAUAUACAAAUUUUCUUUCUCCAAUACACUGCUCCUUUGCUUUCGAACAAGUGAAAAAAGAGAGAGCAAAGCAUAGGCCAUGACAUACUCUCAUACACACACACACACACAAACAGACACACAAAUUUUCUCUCUCUGUAUGUAUAUGUGAGUGUGCUUUAUACUUUGGUUGGACCAUGUUAGGGCUUUCCAACUCUUCUUAUCUUCGUUUCUAAGUACCCUUAGGCUCCCAUUUCCACUUUCCACUCACCAUGCCUAGUACCUACCAUUAAACAACAAAAAAGCUUCUUUUUUUUUGGGCUGCAGCUCAUUUUUGGUUUGUAUAGCUCUUCACUGAAAAGGGUUUGUUUCCUUUCUCAGAACUACCUCAGGUUCUCCAUAAAGUUUCUACCUUUGUCUUGUUCAGUGGUGUUAGUUCAACUUGGUGUGUGUCUUUGGAGUUCAUUGUUGCAGUGGAGGCCUCGGUUUUGGAAACUUUACCCUUUGAGGAAAUGGGAUGUACAAAUUUGGUGUUGCAUGUUCGACUCUUUGUUACUCUGAUGGUGAUUCUUGCUGGAACUUUCUGUGCAGUUGGUGACACUGACGUAGUUGAUGUUGCAGCAAUCAGUAGUCUAUAUGUUGCUCUUGGCUCACCGCCUCUUCUAGGGUGGAAGCCUGUGGGAGGAGAUCCAUGUUUUGAAAUGUGGCAAGGUGUUGGCUGUGUAUUUUCCAACAUCACUUCCAUAAGACUUGAUGGCCUGAAUUUGGGUGGAGAGCUUGGUAGUAAUUUGAAUUUUCCAUCCAUCUUAGAAAUUGAUCUUAGCAACAACCACAUUGGAGGGCCCAUUCCAUUCACUUUGCCCCCUACUCUUACGAGCUUGUCUCUCUCAGGAAACCAGUUAAAUGGAAGCAUUCCAGAUGCUUUAUCAUUACUAACUCAAUUGUCACACUUGGAUUUGUCAAAUAACAACUUGAGUGGUCAGCUGCCUUCCUCAACAGGGACUUUAUCAUCCCUUACUACAUUAUACUUGCAGAACAAUCAACUCUCUGGGACCCUUUAUGUUUUGCAGGACCUGCCUCUUCAGGAUCUGAAUAUUGAGAAUAACUCAUUCUCCGGGCCAAUUCCGCCAAAACUGCUGAGUGUCCCUAUUUUCAGAAAAGAUGGAAAUCCAUUUAAUACUAGUGUUAUUCCAUCACCUGCCGCAGCCCCAUCACCUGCAGCUAUGGCUCCAUCCCCUGGGAAAUCACCGUGGAGAGUAGCAAAUAGUCCUUCUUCCCCAACUGCAUCAGUGCUUGCAAGUGCUAGGAAGUCAUUUAUAGCUAAGAAUAUCAUUUGGAUUGCUGGUGCUGGUCUUUUGAUAUUUAUUUUGUUAGGUGUUUGUAUUUUUAUGCUGUGGUGCUUUAAACGAAGGCCAGAGAAGAAAAAUGCCAAGAAGCAAAAUGUUGGUGUCUUCGAAAGUCCUUUACAUAAACCUACUUGCAGUGACACUUCCUUUGAAACAACCAAUCAGGAGGAGAAAGCAGUUGAGAAACCAUCAUUUGUAUCUGAAGUGCCAAAUAGAAAAACAAAUUUGAUUCCAAAGGUUCAGGAUGAACAAGGAAAAUAUGUGAAAACAGCAUCUGCAACUAGUGAGGCUUCCAAACUUUCACACCUCCAGCCACCACCGCGUCCUUACCCAACGACACAAAGUCAGAAGUUGAUCCUCAAUCCAGCUAUACCUGUCAAAGGGUCUGAAAUAAAUGACAAAACAUGUUCCCUUGAAGUUUAUUCUAUUGCAUCACUUCAACAAUAUACCAAUAGCUUUUCCCAAGAAAAUUUUAUUGGGGAAGGCACCUUAGGGCCUGUUUAUAGGGCUGAGUUCCCUGAUGGAAAGAUAUUGGCUGUGAGGAAAUUAGAUGCCACUGCUUCUAUGGAGCAGAACCAUGAACAAUUUCUCCAAUUAGUGUCCAACAUCUCAAAAAUUCAGCACCCUAAUAUUGUAAAGUUUACGGGCUACUGUACCGAGUAUAGCCAACGGCUGCUUGUGUAUGAGUACUGCAGUAAUGGAACCCUGCAUGACGCACUGCAUGGCGAUAGCGAAUGCCGUAUUAGACUAACAUGGAAUGCUCGAAUUCAGGUGGCUCUUGGAGCUGCAAGAGCUUUAGAGUAUAUGCAUGAGAACUUUCGGCCACCUAUUGUGCACCGAAAUUUUAAGUCUGCCAAUGUACUCCUAAAUGACAACCUGGAAGUGUGCAUCUCUGAUUGUGGAUUAGGUCCUUUGCUAUCUUCUGGCUCUGCUGGUCAGUUAUCAGGACGACUCCUCACGGCUUAUGGCUACAGUGCUCCAGAAUUUGAGUUCGGAAGCUAUACACAUCAAAGUGAUGUAUUCAGUUUUGGAGUGGUAAUGUUGGAACUUCUCACGGGACGAAAAUCCCACGACAGGUCACUUCCGCGAGGGGAGCAAAUAUUGGUGAGAUGGGCAGUCCCUCAACUCCAUGACAUUGACGCAUUGUCGAAAAUGGUUGACCCCAGCUUAAAUGGAGCCUAUCCUAUGAAGUCCUUGUCGCGUUUUGCAGAUAUUGUUUCUUCAUGCGUCCAGCAUGAACCUGAAUUCAGGCCAGCAAUGUCUGAAGUUGUUCAAGAUCUUCUAAGGAUGAUGUAAGAUGCAUGAUGGACUUCAUUAGCUAGGAUGUGGACUCAAACACUGUUGU